GACCUUUCCCAUCCGUUCUCUAACUUCCCACCCCCUUGCAGUCUUAUCGAUAACGUGCACGCGUGCGCAAUCACCACCCACGCCGUUUGUUUCGUUCGCCUAAAGAUGGUGUUUGUUUUGUAUGAAAUUCUGAAAUUGUUUACAAAUUGAUAAUGUUAUCUGAAAGAAAAAGUUAAUUAAACGUUUCGUUACGCUUGUUCACUUUCAGAGUGUAUUGAACUGGUAUAGGAAUAUCGAUUAGGGUGAACGACUGGGGGUGGAAACGCGUGUCAACCCUGUAGAACUGUUUCUCUCACCCUCCGUGAGAUGGCAGAUUGCACUCAAUUCCGGGAGCAAUCGUUAAAUAAGAUAAAAAUGUUUUAUUUUCCUCCCCCUUUCUUUCUGUAUUUCGAAUGGCAUCGGUGGUCAAUUGAUUUGAAAUUGGAAAAUUUCUCCCUCUUUUCUCAUUCACCCAUUAAGUUCCAUCUUGACCAACCACCAGUGUCUUUCGGAAGAACAUUCGUAUUCCUUCUCAUUAAAAUAAGCAGAAGCGAUUCCGUGUUCUUGUUUCCGGUUUUGUUCGCGUGACGCUAAUAAAAACACUGGUCGCAUUAAUAUUUAUGUCACGAGGGGACGAAUUAUGCUUGUCAUCGAUGGCUACUCUCGAACAUCAACCAUAACGAUGUCUGGCAUCGAGUUUUGAAUUGAUUCUAAUGAACCCAAAGAGAAAUGCUGGUUCCGUACAGUAAGCCGAAUCGUCGUGAAAAGUGUCCAGCUUAUUCAACACUCUCGAACGUUGUAUUUAUUUAGAAACUUGAUCAAUAUGCUAAUUGUUUGUCUUUUGUGCAGCUGAUUGACAACGUCAAUCACACUUGCAAAUAUUGUGUACACAGUAACACGGAUUUGGCCUUGUUACGGGUUGUCGCUUUAACAGGGUCAUCCAUCGACGACGAAGAUUUUAGUGCAUUCGAACUGUUGAACUUUCUAAAUUUUUGUACGCCGAUCCAGUUUAAUCUGUAGCAACAGUCCGCGACGAAAAUGCGUCGUUUAUUGGACAAUAAUUACACUUUAUGAUCUCGAGCUUUCUAAUUACCGAUAUCAUAAUUUAUCUCACGAGUACUUCCACUUUUUCCAUACCGUUUACUGUCGUAUAAUUACUCGACACGCGCGGCCGCCCGACUUUUUCAUCCGGCGCCAUUUAACUGCUUUCUGUCGUCAGGUAACAGAAAUGAUCUAAAUCUAUCCAUUACUAAAGCGAAGGAAUCGAAGGAAAUUAUUCGUUGCUUUGUUGAAAGAUUCCGGAGACUGUUGCGGCUCCUUAAUCCGAAGAAGGGUUAAUAACCUUUCAUAUGAGAGCUGCUACGAAAUUUUUGAAUUAUAAUAGUGUCACUCAUCGAGGAACACUUGUUGGUUCAUUUGCAUUUCUUCGACGCAGGAUAUUCAUGCACGUGGAAAAAUUCAUGAUUCAUGGUUGUUCGUUUUUCUUCGAUGGAAACAAGGUUAUAGACCGAUGGUACUUGUCUCUUAUUAGAUAGGUUCAAGUGUCGACACGAGUUUCAUUUAUUUGUCGAAAUGCAACGUGGCCCACUUGUUCGCGCAUGCAAUCGAAACCGAAAACGAAAGCCACGAUGUGUCGUGCACGCGGAAACGUCUUAGUUCGCACCAUUACGCUCAAUCGACGCUCAAUUAUGCUAAUCGUUCGCGGGAACACGCUAAUCCAGAGAAACUUUCCUGUAAUUUUCCCAAUUAAAUUAAGACAUCUCAUUAUCAUUAAAAACAAAAAUAUCGAUAGUUUUUUUGAUAUUAAACCAAAUUUUAUUCGAGUUUUAAAAAUAUUGAAAUUUCAAGAUCUUUAAGAAUUUUUGACUUUGAAUGAUCAUCGAAGCAGCACUCUAGAUCCAAGCUCGAACUCGUCUCGUUUUUAUGAAAAAGGUAUUCAGGCCGUGAAAUCUUCGCUCGAAACUCUCAGCCACGUGUGUCCUAUCUUAUGGAAUAAUUUUCACGGCGUUUACGAUACGCUUUUCAACCAUUUUUAACGUUAUUAUAGUUUCUCGACGCGUUAUAUUUCUUUUUUCUAUUGGCUGUCUCCGCGUAAACUAAUAAUAUACAUUACUAUUUUAUAUUGGUCCGGUUGAGCCUGGAUCGAAUCAUAACGAGAGGUGCAAUCUCGCCUCACCUAGUGACAUAAUUUCAAAGUUGAAAGCUCCCGUCUAUGGCGACAGGAAAAUAAAAUAGAACGAGUAACAUUCUUCCCGUCAAUCGAUUGAUCGGAAUAUCUGACAAACGAGACCGCGCUUUAGCGAAUUUGAUACUUUCCCCGGAAUAGAUCUAAAUCAUUCUUCCGUGGUUUUCAGUGUCGUGUUCCAGUGAAUCUCAAUAGGUAAUUGCACGUCAUCGAGGGAAAAAAUGAUCUUGACCAAGUGCGAAAUAGAGGCCACGAAGCGAACCGUGAACGAAGGAAAAGUACUUACUUUGACAUAACAAACUGCGGUUUCUUUUUUCUUUCCGAUUGAUUCGCGUUUUCUCGCAAUUACUCGUUUUCUUGAAACAAUAAAAUUAUGCAAAACAGAGGCUCGAAAAUUAUGCCAAUUGAGAGACUAGAAAUUUUAUUGUUUCCUUAGAAACACGGUGCAAUUUCAUGUCCAUUCUUAAGUCUGGGCUACAUUUGUGUAUUUACAAUUGUUUACGAGAGAAACGUUUGUCACAUAUUGUGCUUGAAACUAUGUAAGUUUGCAAAUAAAUAGUGAAAUUAAAUGUUCAUUUUCGUUUCAUUCCAUUCAUGUCCAGCUAAUGCUGCUUAAUUAAAGCAAGAAUAAAACGUUUCGAUCCGCCUCCAUAGCAUUAACACUCGAUAUCGUAGAAAUCUUCGUUCUCGGUUUCUUAUCUAAAAGAGUGUCCAUCGAAAUAACAUUCGAACGAUUGGUUGAUCAUGAAUAUAGUGAUUUAGAUGAACGAAGCGAAGAUAAUAUUUCCGUUUCUUCAGUUACGUAUAUUGAACAUAAUAACACUUUAAGAUUGCUCUCUAUUACGCUAAUAUCAGUCGAAAGAAACAGUUCACGCUCUCUGCAGAUACUUUCUCAAGCCAUUCAAUGAUUUUCCUCUCCAACCCUAUGACCUGUGAAUCAUUCGACUAAUUUAUUUUCUUCAUAAUUAAUCUAGCACGAUUUUAUCAUUUCGAAUGAUCCGAACUUUUCAAUCUCAAACUAGCAGAUCGAUUGCCACUCUGAAAUUGUCGAACGUUUUACCUGGUACGAGUAUUUCUAAUUAGUUAAAUAAAAGAAUUCCUAAUCAUGUUCAUGUUCAUGACACUGUUACUUAAAGCUCUAUCUAAACUGGAUCUUUCAAUCAAAUUAAUCUAAGUAUAUUUUUUAUAUUUAAUGUCGCACCGGUGAACAUUUUCUCUAAUUGCCGGACAACACAAGGAUAUAUGUGGAUCGGGAAUCGGGUGCAACGAAAUUAUCGAUUCAUAUCCUGUCGAUGACGCGAGAACUGGGUCAACGAAUGAUCAGCUCUGGGUUACGAGGAUUCCAGCUUCGAGGCAUUGGUAUCUGGAUGUUAAUCUUCUCGUCAUCGACGGCGUACAAAUUUCCGUGUGUACUUUUUGGAAGUGGCUCGCAACCACGAGUGAAAGGCGCCAUAGUUUAUUCCCGCCUUUGAAGUUGUACAUCUUUCAUUUAGCGCUGCUUAGCUCGCACUUUUCCCUUUUGUACAGAGAAUUCUGAUCGUUACGACGUUCCUUAUUACUUAAAAUCACUUGGAACUUUGAAAGCUCAACCACUCCUUCAUCAAAUUUUUCAAUCCUUUUCUCUAAAUUACUAUGAUUAAUAUGGAUGGUAACGAAGGUUAUUAAUAGUGUAACUAAUUUUAUACUAAAAAUGCUCGAGGCUUUCCUCGUCAAUGCAGAAAAUGGUACGUGCUUGGGAAUGACCCGCGAUCUUAUCUAGAAGAGAAAUCGAAUAUCUUAGAAGUGUACAAGGAAGUCAAAUAUAGAGGGCAAGGUAUUCGCGAAAUAUUCAAAUAAAAGGUGAAAUAUUAUUCCACGUGCUGGAUUAAAAAUAAAUAAACGCGAUGUAGAACAAAAACCGUAUCACGUGUGGAACGAACGAGUAGGAAAGUGUAGUAGAAAGAAAGCAUAGGUGUACAAUAAUCGUAAAUUAAUCGUAAUGUUUUCAUCGUUUUAAUAUCUAGAAUUUCUAGAAUUUCAAGUUUUAGUUUUGAGGAUAAUGAAGCUAAUUAUUAGUUCGGUGAUAUGAUGAUAAGUCGAAGUGUGUCAAUUAAAAGACAGUAAAAUGGAGUCGUGCCGCGUGCAUCGAGGAUCGGCAACUUCCUGUUCUAAUCUCGCAAUACUGAACAGUGAACGAGAAACAAAAAACAAGGGUGCGUCUGUGCCAGAUUCGUGGAUUAGAUAGAGCAUUGAAAUCGCGACAAAAUCGAAAUGGCAUGCUUCGGGUAAUAUAGUGACAACAUAAAUUAAACGAGCAUCGCCUGUAUCAAGAUCGAGAAAUUAUAUUGCAUCGCGCUAUUUAAUGAAAUGAUGCUAUUUACUCAUCGUAAAAGAUAAAUUAAAUCAGAUAAUAAGUUUUUAAAAUACCGUUUUCGCCUUUCUUACUACUCUUGCAAACCUAUUCAACUUUUGAGGAUGAUAUCGUUCGUUACGGAAUCUAUGUCAUUAAUUAGGUCCAGUUGGCUAAUGAAAAGUAAAGAUUCAGAAACAACGAGAAAGCAGAUCUCCUCAGAGAACUGGUUUUUGUACAUCUCGCACUUUGCAUCAUUUAUUUUUCAGUAUCUUGCAAAUUUCCGCCUUUCCAUGCAGAUUCUCCGAAUGAUCCUUGCUCCUCGUUUAUUCGAACAUUAUUUCGAACGAUCUAGUUAUCUGUAAUAUUGUUUCCUCGAGGCGGCAAACGAGGUGACAGCCGUGCUCGAUUUACAAUUCACCCGUAAAACGGAGCACCGCCUCUUCGACGACUAAGGGUUACAAACCGGUCCGAAAAGGAGGCUGAACCUGUACCUGUGCAUUUUCUUGCUUAUCACGUGGAAAAGGCUUUAAACGAAGGAACCGGCGGCUCGUCAGGAAUGUCAGAACGUCUGCUCUGAUUGUUUAGGAAACUAGACCUCUGAAAAAUUGAUACACUUGGACCUAUAUAUUUUAACUAAUCGACGACAAAAAUGAGACACCUGGCCGAUUGCAAUUAUCAAUUGUCUACUCUUGGAUCCUUCAUCCUUCUGCUUACCAUUGUUCCUCGCACGUAAACACAGUGCUGCUCCACUUUUCAUCGCGAACAAUGGACGAGGUGCAUCUGGUGUGUUUUUCGUCAAGGUUCCGCGCGUUCGUUCGAUUAUUCGAAAAAGGUUGCGACUCUUCCAGUACGACAGAGCUGGUUUCAUAUAGAGCACGAGACUCGUCCAUUGCGUCUGUUCGGAUGCAACACGCGGAAUCAAGCACCAGUCUCUAUGUGCAGUAUUAUCUAAGCCAUGGACCGGUACCCCCACCGACCUAAAUACACGCCGUAUAAAUGGUCAAGACCAGCAUCUAACCACUGUCAGUGAGAUUGUGGACCGAAGCUCGUGUUUAUGUCUGGUCAAACAAGGUUCACCUGUGCAUCUGUCCUCCGCGAAUUGUAUUCUGAUUUUCACUAGAAGGGACGUUAUGGAAAUUCAUCGAUCUAUAAGGAAUGAUCAAUGGUGCUGAUGAUCGUUGGACUGGAUCUUAGGUCGCGAAAUCAUGCGGUGCAUCAGGAUUGAUUUUAGACCGAAUCGAUCGGUGCGAAUCGGUUGUAUUCUCCUGGUGAUUGUUUAUUUAUCGGAUCAGACGUUCGCGUUUAGUAAUUCGACGUUUGUUGAACGAUGUCGAGCGGAUUGCAGCUUCCACAAGGAUUUCAUUAGUUGCGGGAAAUUCAGGGUCGUCGUGUGGUUGCACGAUACUGUGAGGAAUAAGGAGUUCACUUAUGGCCCGGUUCGUAUAAUAAGAAUACCGUCCAUAUCGAGCCAGUCGAUUCUACCGAAGUUACCUCAGUCUCGGGUGUUCAAAACCAACGCGAUCGAGGCCUUGAACUUCGUCAGGGACCUUGUCGAGGACUUGCUGACGAAACGUGCUCUGGUUUACACCAUUGACAAUUCCGUGGCGGGCAGGAAUUUUGGUAGCAUGCCCAUGAUCAUGGACGAGGAUGAACUGGUUCAGAUACAAAGCAGAAAAGAAUCAGCGGACGAGUGGAGGCUCUUCAAAAAGAAGAAAUCCGUGAUUCUCCCAAUUCUGAUUCUGCUGAAUCUUCUGAAGCUGAAGCUGUUGCUUCUGCCUAUAUUCUUAGGAGUGCACUUCAUCAAGAAGCUGUUGUUGCUCGCUUCGGUGGUAGCACCGUCUGUUUUAUCGCAUCUGAAGAUCUGCAAGGUCCCUCAACAUCCGCAGCACGCUUAUCAGACAUGGGCCACCGCUGCCGAGGCUCCUGUUGAUUAUCCAACAGGAUACGGUCACGAGGACGCGUGGGCGCAUAGGAAUGAUGUAGCUUACGGUUACUAUGGUUUCCGCAAUCCCUACGGAUGAAGCUUAGGAAACUUUUAGUUAAUCGUCGAGCAAGCUUCUCGUUCGUCGCUGCGAGUAUCCUGGACGGAAUCGUCGCGGACGAAUCUUCGAGUUGACGAACGAUGACCCUGCUCUGUGUAUUCUUUCUAGCAACUUUCGACUGCGUGUUCUCCAUGUGCCAAUCGUUUCCUCCUCGCGGCUAAUCAUCUCUAUUCGCUCCUAAACACCCUUUACCGACCGGCGACAAACGAGCAGGGAGAGAGAGAGACUGUCUUUAACGAAGCGAUUAUCGAGGCGUGUUCGUUGUCGCGAAAAAUCCCUGAGACUUUCACACUGUUUGCGUACCGUUAGCGAGCCGCGCUUUCAAAAGUCACGGAUAAAGUCACGAACACGCCUUACGAUAAAAGAAAACGCCACGAAUCAGCUCGAUAACCGCACGCGAGCAUUCGAAUAUCGAAAUGCACGUUAGGUACCGUAAAUCCGUUGUUACGAGAACGGAUUUUCGUGGUACCGGAGCAGCUCGCGUGAUGUCAACGCCGUUUACUUCCUGGAUCGUAACGGAUACGUACGCUCAAGUAUGUGGUCCGUUCGCGAACGUAGUUUGCAGUGAAUGAUCGUUAGUGACUGGCCGUUUGUUCUAGGAUUUAUUUUCGAUAUGCUGGCACAGCGAUUGUGAUAGUAAAUAAAAAAGGCGCUCGAGUUGUUUGGGGUGAAGGAAGAUCCUUGAAGAUUACUUAGGCAAUAUACGGUACGCGUUACUGUAACUGUAGUGAAUAUUUAAUAAAUUUUUUAAAUCCAUUUCUCAUCAUUAUUCGAAUACCUUGUACUCUAAAUCACAAUUACCAUUUUACCAUUUUACUAAUUUUUAAAAUCGAUUUCUUAUCAUUAUUCGAAUACCUUGUAUCUCAAAUCACAAUUACCAUUUUACCAUAAUUCGUACCAUUAUUAUGAAUUUUUAAAACCAUCGAGACAUCAUCAUAAAUCUGAUCAUUUACAAUUAUAAUUAGUAUAAAUUAAAAUGAAUCUUCUCUCAGCCGAAAAAGUCCAGCCAGCACGCGAUCGGUCAUUCACGCAGGUAGAAGACGAUGGCCAAGGUCGACCCAUUGGAAACCAUUCGAAAGAACGUUUCUCGGCCCCUGGCACGAGUGACCUACUGACAGAUUUGGACGAGUGCCGCCCCGAGUUGCGUACACGCACGCGUGUUGACCCACGCACGAUCGACACGUUGAC